CACAGAUAUCGGUUACAUCCAUGUCCAUCACGCCUGAACUCAGAGCAUUGGCUCGGUCUGCAUACCGUCAGCUAUACCGGGCCUCUACCGUCACUUUCUCUGGUGAUGAACCCGUCCUUAGAGCGUUUCGUUCAAAACUGAGGGAAGAUGCGCUUUCUGGCCAAGCAGAGAAAAAUCCUGUCCAUUAUCAAGAACAGAUUGAUGGUGCACUGAAGAUUGCUGCCUUUCUUCGACAUAACGUCAUUCAAGCUUCUCGGGUUGCGGAUAAAGAAGAUACUUGGAGUUUAAAAAUCACGAAAGAUACGGAACUUGGGUCAAAUGAUUCCAUAAAGAAUCCACCGUCAAUGGAGACUGAUCGUCAGGCUAGAAGGCGAGAGAAACAGCACAAUCUUUCAGAUGCUGCUCGCCUUGACAAUGUUCCUCGUGUACCGCGGAUGAAUUUUUCUGUACUUAAAAAAGCACACAAAAAUCGUAUUAUACCUCAAGUUAGAGAAGAGGACCUUAAAGAAACAUUUGUGAGAGGAAGCGGGCCGGGUGGCCAAUCAAUCAACAAAACCGAAAACAAUGUUCAGUUACUCCAUAUACCGACUAUGAUUCGUGUGUCCUGCCAAUUAACGCGUUCCUUGGAACAAAACAGAAAGAUUGCACGACGCAUUUUGGUUGAAAAGUUGGACAAAAUUGCUAAUCCUGGACUAUCAAAAGACGAGGUGGGCCGAGCGAAGCAGCGUGAACGAGAACGUCAACGCAGAAAGAAAGCCAAGAAAAAAGGCCUCAAAGCUGACACGGGGGAGGCAGAGUCUUGAGAAUAGGUACUGUUGUUAGAUACAAAUUAUUUAAACAUGUACUCAAAAUUGAACAUCGGC